AUGAACAUGCUUCCAUCCCCCCAGCGCUCAAUCAAGUCAUUCAUCCCAACUUACCAGUCGCUCGGAUCGGGCUGCGGAAAAGAGCGAAUCGGACAUGUGAUGAUGUCUUCUGGUCGUGCAUGCCGCCGCACACUUGGGUCAAGACGAUGCCAAAGAGCCUCGGAUGAGCAAGGCCCAAGACUCGUAAACCUUCUGGCCCAAGAAGAGGGCGGCCGAUUAUCAGUUGCUGCCUCGUGGCAAUGGCAAAGAUCAGAUGGGCAGAUCGACGGGCACGUGCUGGAGAGCUAA